AUGCACGCACAGACUCAUUUACCAUGGACAUCAUCUUCUCCUCCUAAUGCGCACUCGUUCCGACCUCCCAGCGAGGCAUACUGGCGUCCACCGACGGCGACUGGACUGAACCGACCGGACCCCCCACGCGGAGACUACCGCCCGCCUCCCCCCGGCAGCAAUGGCGGUGCUGGAGCGACGAGCGGACAGCGCGGACACCAGACGAUGUGGAGACGCGCGCAGGAAGAGGCGCGAUACGUGAUCAAGAUCGAGCAGGACCGACUGGAUCGGCUCUUUGCCGCCGAGGCCGAGACACUGAAGCGGGCGGAAGAAGCGCUGAGCCAUCGACGGAGCAGGCGGUCGAGCGAGGACCCAGAGUAUGCGGAACGACUGCUUGCGGACGAGGAGCGAAGGGUACAGCAGGAACGGAAUCGAGUGAACAAGCUACGGGCGGAUAAUACGGAAUGGCUGUCUCAUUUGAUCAAGCAAGAGACCGAUCGCAUCCAUGCGGCCAUGAUCGAGGACGAGCUCGAAGGACGCUUGACACCCGAAGAAUCGCAAUGGCUCGAGAACAACAUCCAGAAGCGCAAGGCCGAGGAGGAGCGACAGAGCAUGAAGCGGGCCCAGGAGGAAGAGGCAGAGCGUUUGAGGAAGCUCGAGGAGGAAGAGGCCGCUGCCAAGUUGAGGGCUGCCCAGGCCGAGGAGCUUGCCCAGGCUGCCAGACUCGAGCGCUUUGCUCUCCCACCCAUUCCCGACCCCGAGGAGCUCUCUCUUGCCCUCUACUCGGACCCUUCUUCCGUCGACACCGCCACCCCCGACGACGACAAGGCACUCGCCCGUCUCAGCGCUAAUCCUCUCCCCCGCCCCCCCAAGGAGAGUAGGCGCCGCAUGUCCGCUACUUCCACCGAGAGCGGCAGCACCAAGCGCAUGUCCACCGCCUCGUCUGAAGAGCCUACGCCUACCAACACCGCUGGUGCUGCCCGCCGUGCAUGGGCCAACAAUCUCAAGUCCGAGUGGGACCGCCGAGGUGCACAUGAAGAGCAGCACACGCAUCUCCACCCCGACCCUCCUUCUGCCCGUCGUCACCCGCCCCAACGAUCUCCCUCCUUUUCCUACCGCUACCAGCCUGCCAGCCCAGAGGCCAUUGCCGCUGCUCGUCGCGCCGAGGAGAUCCGUCGCUAUCAGGAACACCAGGAGGAGAUCAAGUACCGCGAGCAACAGGCCGCCCGCGCUGCCAGAGAAGCCAGAGAGGCCGCCGCUGCCCGCAAGGCAUUCGAGGAGGAGCGCAGGCGUCUGGAAGAGGAACGCAGGAAACAGGCAGACGAGAGGAAGAAGAACGAGGAGCAGAUUGUCAUUGCCGCUUGGGCUCGCUACGAGUCUGGCUGGCAGGACCUCAUCAACGGUGUCAAUGCCAACGGCCGACCGCUCACGUUUUACGACAUUCCUUGGCCCGUGUCCAUGCCCGCUCGUUCCUUUGAGGAACUUCAAUCGAGUGCGAUUGAAAAGUUCUUGCUCAGCCCGUGUCACUCGCCUACCAAGACUCGCAAGAUGCGUCUGCGCGCUGCCUUGAUGCAAUGGCACCCCGACAAAUUCGCCCAGCGUUUUGUCGACCGCAUCGAAGAGUCUCACCGCACUGCCAUUCUCACCGCCGUCAACUCGGUUGCACGCACCAUUACCGAACUCAUGACCAAGGAGGGCGAAUCAUAG